AACAUGCUUGGGUCGAUAGAUUUUUUAUUUUUUAUUUUGGGUUGAUGUUUACUUGUCAGUUAUGGCGCUCAAACUGACCAUCCCGUUCCCAAUCUUCGCUCCACCUCCAAGCCCGACCCCGAACCCUAACCCGUCAAAUCAACGCCCGCCCACUGAGGUCCGGUUUUCGCGGUGGAACAACGCCCACGCAGAGAAAUUCAACCAACGCCAACGCGCUCAACAAGAAAUCGAAGACGAUAUCCGGCGCCACCGCCGCUUCGACUCCGCCUCUAAAAUUGCCCAAAUUAACGACUAUGACUCUAACGUUGCAAACGUCAUUGUUUACAAGUCCACAGGCACGCCCUCCUCUCCUUCACGGCCCUCUAUUCCCGGUAAAAAGUCCAAGUACUCCAAACCCGCCAAUCCCGACGACCAUCCCGCAUUUCGCAAAAUCUUGACAAAGCCCAAAAUCACCGACUUGUCCCGAGAGAAAGCGGCCAAUCCAAAAGCCAACGUAACUGUGGGCGAAGACGGCAUCUCUUACGUAAUCGAUGGAGCGCCAUUUGAGUUCAAAUACAGCUACACGGAGACACCAAAGGUGAAGCCACUAAAAUUGCGCGAACCGUACGCGCCGUUUGGGCCCACCACGAUGUCACGGCCGUGGACUGGGCGGGCCCCAUUGCCCGCGAGUAAGAAAAAGUUGAAGGAGUUUGACUCGUUUGAAUUGCCGCCACCUAAUAAGAAGGGAGUGAAACCGGUGCAGAAGCCGGGUCCCUAUUUGCCCGGAAGCGGACCCAGGUACGUGUCAUCGAGGGAGGAAAUUUUGGGGGAGCCCUUAACCAAGGAGGAAGUUGAGGAGCUAGUUCACUCGUGCAUCAAGUCAAACCGGCAGUUGAAUAUUGGUAGAGAUGGUUUGACACAUAACAUGUUGGAUAAUAUUCAUUCUCAUUGGAAACGGAGGAGAGUGUGCAAGAUUAAGUGCAAAGGAGUCUGUACAGUCGACAUGGACAAUGUGUGCCAGCAAUUAGAGGAAAGAACAGGAGGGAAGAUAAUUUAUAGACGAGGAGGGGUGUUAUACCUUUUUAGAGGCAGAAACUAUAACUACAGGGCUCGUCCGCGUUUUCCUCUUAUGCUGUGGAAGCCUGCCACUCCUGUAUAUCCGAGGUUGAUUGAGAGGGCUCCAGAGGGUCUAACACUGGAAGAAGCUUCCGAAAUGCGCAAAAAGGGAAGGACUCUGAUACCAAUAUGCAAGCUAGGGAAGAAUGGUGUGUACUGUGACCUAGUGAAAAAUGUUAAAGAGGCAUUUGAAGAGUGUGAAUUGGUCCGUAUUAAUUGUCAAGGAAUGAAUGGGAGCGACUACCGGAAAAUUGGUGCCAAACUUAAGGAUCUUGUCCCAUGUGUUCUAAUCUCAUUUGAACGUGAGCACAUACUCAUGUGGAGAGGAAGGGACUGGAAGUCCUCUCUCCCAAAACCAGAAAAUAAGACAUUUGAAGAAGUUGAUGCAAUUUCUGUUGCAUCAACUUUAGAAGGUAAUGAAUUAGCAACAUCAGAUGCUCAUUUGCUCUCAGUUAAGGAUGCCAGGCCUGUAACAUCGGAUACAAUCAUGUCCUCUGUGGGUUCCGAAGAUGUGCAUGCUGAGCCACAUGAGGAUAUGUCCCCUGUAGAUGAUGGUGAAUCACGCUCAGCUUCUGCCUCAGUUUCAACUGUGAUGGCAGCUAAUGAAACUACAUUUGAUAACACUAACACAGGGUUCUUGGAUGAUGAGAUCAAUGCCCCAAGGAAUGUCUACGGUAGUGUGACCAAUUUGGAUAGUUCUGGUUUUGAUAAUGAGGCCAUAUUGAAUAAUAAAGGCUUUGUUAAUGAAGAGCCAGCACCUACAUCAAUGGGAUCAGAGACUGUGCUAGGAGGUGGUGAGAGCACUGGAAACCACUCUGAGUCUUUCUUUGCUGGUUCUUUAAAUCGUAACGAAUUACAGAAUCUUUCAGACGUCUCUCAAGAUGACAAUGGGCCAGCAAGGUUCUGUAGCCCUAGUAUGGAGAGCGUUUUACUUCUAAUGAAGGAAGCUGUUGAGAGUGGAAGUGCUUUAGUUUUAGAUGAUAGAACAUUGGAUGCAGACAGUAUAUAUGAAAAGUCAGUCGCCUUUGCCAAAUCAGCUCCGCCUGGGCCUGUUUUUAUGCAUAGGUCAAGGAAGAAAGCAACUCAAAAGAACGAGAAGAAUGAGAAGAAAGAAACUGGGGAUUUGGAAGUGAAAAGAGAAGUAGCAUCUUUUGCUGAGAAAAGAAGAAAUGCGAGGCAGACUCGUAAUAGACUAGAAAAUACAGAUGAACAUUGUCUACAUGUAGCACCACAGGGAAGCCUGGGAAUAGAUGACCUUGCUAAACUAUUAGCAUAAUAAGCACUAGUCCUUUUCUGAGAUGUAUUGCAAUAAGAUGAUUUUUUUGUUAA